CAAGUGUAUAGGCUGUUGAGUCUCUGCGAGCAUUACGCGCGAAACAGGACAGCAAUAAGACGCAAAGAAUUCGGUUACCUUGGUACUCUUUCUAUCUUUUUCAUCCUUUUCUUCUGUUUCACUGGAAACCUCUGAUGGAACUGUAACUUCCGUAUAGUAAAUAUGGCGCUUUUUUUCAUUUAUGCGAUACAAAUUAUUCUAGUUAUGGACAUCGAUGAAAUUAAAGUGGUGGACUCAUUUAAAUACGAUGGAGAUAUCACAGGGACAGCUCCUCACCGAAACUCAGACAGCACUGUACAGAACAUGGUGUCAAUGAAUAUGUUUAAAAUGUAUGAAAAAUUCAGCAAAGAGAAAUACCGUCACGUGGACGAAAAUACCGUCAGGAGCUUCAAAGCUGUCUCUGUGUUCUUUAAGAACAAGGUCCUGUUUUAUUUCAACUUAACUUCCAUCCCCGAGUCAGAGGUGAUCUUAUCGGCGAGCCUUCACUUCCCUGACCAACAUGGCCGUCAGCGGCCUUGGAGCUGUCGACGUGCCCGGGGGUCCUCAUGUCACUUCCAGCACCUACAGCUGGUUCUUCAAGGAACAUCACAAUACACAGAUUCCCCCUCUUAUCUUGGCAACAUCACAUUGUUCCCAAACAGAAAAGGGCCUUGGCAGGUGACGGAUGUGUCCUCAGUUGUUCAGCAGGCUCGCACUCGAAACGAGCUCUUGAUUUCUGCAGAGCUUCACUUCAGCGAGAGGCACCAGUGGUGGCCCGAGCGCUUCUUUCUCCAAGGUUUGCCCUACAUUCUCAUAUAUGCCAAUGACCUAGCUAUAACUGAGCCCAACAGCAUUGCCAUGGGCUUACAGAGGUAUAGUCCUUUUCCUGUGGGAGAGGAGAGGGGAACCAGACCACCUAAUGCCACCCCAAGCUCCAGGAUCAGAAGAAACACAGACCACUUACAGAAUAAUUUACUCCUUGAUGUCCAGCAUAGUGAUCUGAAAAAAAAAGAACUGUGGUACAAUACUUAUUUCGCACUAAAGCCCAAGCCCUCGUCCAAGAGUCAGGGUGAGAGGCAGGGUCAGGAGACAAGAGGGAGCAGGUCUCAAGAAUUGAGCUUUGACGAGAGGACCAUGAAGAAGGCUCGCCGUAAGCAGUGGAGUGAGCCUCGAGCGUGUGCGAGACGUUACCUGAGGGUGGACUUUGCUGACAUAGGCUGGAGUGAGUGGAUACUGGCCCCAAAAGCAUUUGAUGCCUACUACUGUGCAGGAACAUGUGGAUUUCCCAUGUCCAAGGUUGUUCAGCCAUCCAAUCAUGCUACCAUACAAAGCAUUGUGAGGGCAGUGGGGAUUGUUCCUGGAGUCCCUGAGCCUUGCUGUGUUCCUGAAAAGAUGAGUCCAUUGGCUGUGCUAUUCCUGGACACCGACAGGAACAUGGUGCUGAAAGUCUACCCCAGCAUGGCUGUGGAAACCUGUGCUUGUCGAUAAGGCAGCUAGGAGUGGCACAAAUAGACUUUGUUCAAGUGAGGAUAGACAAACAGGCCUAAGGCAGGAACUGUCUAAGUUCUUGGGAAGACAAGAUAGUCAUAUAUACCAAUUUCAAAUACAUAAUUCAAUCAUGGAUUUAUAGACCUCAAAACCUCAAAACUGCUAUAACAAAACUUUGCAGAUAUGAGAACACACUCUGUAUUUUUAUUGUAUUUUUUAAAGUUGUGUAGCAUGCUAAACCAUUGAGUAUUCCUUGAAACUCCAAUUUGAAAUAGCUGAAAAAUAGCUGAAAAAAAGUCCCCAAGCUUAGUCCCCAAGACUAGCUCUGACUUUAUUAACAAACAGCACUAUAAUAUGCUAUACAUUUUAGUAAGAGAAUUUAAAAUUAAAAUUUCUGAUUAGGCGCUGACAGUUAGGAAGUAACUGUUGAAGGUUGUAAAUCAAACAUAAUUUAGCAUCUUAAUCUCUUUUUCUAAUAUUUAUAUAUGAUGAAUGAAAAGCAAUAUUCAAAUGAAUAUAUGUAAAUAACCUAAUAUUUUACAAGUUUUAUUUGGUAAAAUAUAAUAGCUAGUUAAGGAAACAUUACAAUUGAGUAAUUAAAAGAUCUGAGAACUUGGUUAGAUUUGCUGUCUAACGAUACACAUUCAGAUUGGAGUCCAAUGCACAAGGCUCAUAAAUCUUUGCUGCCACCUAGUGUAUUUUCUAUGAAAUUGUUAUAGCCAGUCAACCGUCAGGCAGAAUACGUUCACCUUUACAUUCAGGUUUGUGUGUACCACACUCAGUAUUAUGCUUGCUUUGCCUUUUAAAAGAUGCUGAAGGCACAAAAAUAGCAGUACAUCAGACUGAAGGUAAAGUAUAUGUCAUAAAAUCCAUAGAUUUUUGUUUAUUUUCCAAUUAUAAUUCUAUGUUAACAGAAAUAAAAAUAAAGAGUAAUUUCCUCAA